CGCGGGGCGUUACUCUCUUAUGCGCAUUGAUGCAACACUCGGCUGCGUCGAAGAGAGAUGAGAAACGAAAGUGUCGGAGGGAGCGAUAUCCCCCUGUAUAAAAGCUGAAAAGCAGAGAGGCUCCGAGAGCUGUGCACCGCCGAGCGAGCUUGCGAACGGGUUGCCGAUCGGUUAUCGCUGCUGCAGUGUGUGUUAUAAGUUCAGCAGAGCCUGUUUGUAGAAUCACUGAAGAUGUUUCUCCGCGUGGUUAUCACCGUCUGCCUACUGCACUCGGCCAUCGGCCAGCGCUUCAACCGUCCGAUCCCGAGUCCAGCUGGUAACGCCGGUGGAGCAGCCGGUGGUCCCAGCGACAUCCUCAACCAGGUUUCGGACAUCAGUCCGGACGGUACGUUCUACACCAAGUGGGAGACGGCCAACGGCAUCACCUUCGAGGAGCAGGGCUCGCCGAAGAACCUGGGCAACGAAGUGGCGGAGCAGGUACAAGGCUCGGCCAGCUGGACGACGAACGAGGGCGAGCGCGUGAGCAUCACCUGGCAAGCUGACGAGAACGGAGCCAUCUUCCAGGGCGACCACCUUCCCACGGCUCCACCCGCACCCGAGAUCCCUCUUCUAAUCCAGAGGGCCCUCGACUGGAUCGCCGCGAACCCCAGCAAACUGAGCACACCCGAGGAAGGACAGUACAAUGAGGACGACGGUGCUGGCGCGGCCAGGCCUCAGCCUAAUCUGCAACAACGCAGACCCCCUGCACCUGGAAGGAGAUUCUGAGGAGGGACGGAUUCGAGGAUGAUUGACCUAACUGUCAAAGGAUCAAUUACUGUGCCAUCAGAGCUGGAGAUACGUUUUUGUGUCGAUUGGUCAAUUCGAAUUGUGAUUAUAAUAAAAGAUACUUUUUCAUAAUGCA